CGUCAUCGUUGACCCGGAAGUGUAUGUCUCAAUGUGACUUACGAGUUUGGAAACUAGAGUAAUGCUUUUUUUUUUUUACCACGUAUUUAAUAAACCUUGCUGAUUUUUUGGAAAUAUGUUCCUUACUUCAGUCAACUUGGCCAAGGCAAAAUCCAAGACCAUCCUGGUGCAGAUGGUGAGCGCUGCCGGGACAGGCUACUGUUUCAACACCAAGAGGAAUCGUCUUAGAGAGAAACUGGUACUGCGCAAAAACGAUCCAUUAGUGAACAAGCACGUCCUGUUCUUUGAGAAGAGGAAAAUCAGAUCCAUCUAAAAAUGGACCGGAAUAUAUGGACAGUUAACCUGUAAUCUUUCCAACAGACAUAUUUGUUUAUACCCAUGGCAGGAUGAUUUCCAGAAAUUAAUACCACAAAACAAACUUCCAUGUUGAUAUAAAGUAUUUAUUCAUUUGGCAUGCCAUCACAGUCAUGUAUUUUGUUAUUUCUAUAUUUUAGAACCAUUCAAAAAACAUAAAUGACAAAGUGAGUUUUGUGCCUGUUCAUGUCACCAUGUCACAAUCUGAAACUAUUCCAAAUAAAAACAUUAGAAUGAAUUCUUCAGCU